GGGCGGGCGGAGAUACAAGGUGGGCGGCAGCGCGGCGGCGCAAGCACGGCAAGAUACGUGAGUGCAAGCGAUGGGCAACCAACACGGCACGCAUCGCUUCUGCUCAGUCUUCUCUCGAUUCUCUCCUUCUUCCAUUCUCUCCAUUGGAUCCGCCACUUUCCGUCCUCACCAAUCUACCUCUGCACCCUCAACUCUCCUCGGACCGCUCCUUUUGGCAUCAACGCAGCACGUUCUCGCCUCGCUCGCCUCGCUCGCCCACAUUACUCACAAGCACAACAAGCCCGGCCGGACUCAUCGGCGUCAUCUCCUCAACUCUGACCGCAUCCGCUCGCUGUCUCUCCUCCUUGCACGUCUUAAACGGCUGAUUUCUCCCUGUACCUUGCCACCUCGCCCUUUUCCCCGCUUCGACAGCGGAGCACCAUCGCCCAUCGUGAUUCUCCCUCUCUACCACCAACCUCUCCAUUCAGGCAAUGCGAGCAGCAUGUCUCGAUCCCACUUGGCAUCCCUUCCUCGACCUCGUCGCAUCUCCUUCAGCGCCUCGCCGUCUUUCCCAUCCUCAACGAAUCAUGCGCAGUCCACAGCUGCCUUGAAUGUUCCCGUAGCUGGCCUGGCUCCGGCUGUCGGACUGGUCUUGCCCAAGCACCAUGGUGCUGCGCCCGGUAUCAGCAGGCACACGGCUCCUCCUACGAGCGCUCCGCCUCCCAUUACUUACCAUGGCUACCAAAGUCGCCAACACCGUCGCAGCCCAUCGGAGCCGAUGAUCAGACUUUCUGAGGCUCAGGUGAGCGGGCGCACUGUGGAAGCUCGUCGAUGGGAGCUGACGUUCUCUCAUGUCGUACGCGACGGCAGCGUAACUACAUCCUUGCCCCCGCUGCCGCUACUACAGGCAUGGCUGCUGCCUGUUCUACCUCCCUUCACCCAAUGGUUCCCUCCUGGCCUGCGCGCGAACCCGCCCACCAUCAGCUGCACGAGCAGCAGGAGGAUGCCCGAACCUCGUCUGUCACGGAUGCCAGGCUCGCAUCCACCGAGUCACAACGUCUCAAUCACCAGCAUCGCGCCUACAAGCGCGCUUGCGGCGGUCAUCUCGUCCAUCCUGCUGCAGAGCUGCACCUUCAACACGUCAGCAAGGUCAUGGACGCUGGGUGUGGGACAGGAAUCUGGCUGCGUGACUUACGAGCUUCGGGAAUGUUGAAGGAAAGGGCGGAGCUGCAUGGUUGUGACAUUAACCUGGCCAUUGCUCAAGGCGAGAAACAGGACGGCCGAGCAGAUAUCGUGCUGUUCGAGCACAAUGUCCUCAACGCCUUUGCUCAGGGCACUCGAGCCGUCACGCACCCCAAAAUUGUCAUGCAACCUGGGUCGUACGAUCUCGUUCAUGCUCGCCUCCUCGUCUACGCCUUAGACAAGGACAUUGGGUGGCAGCGCGCUGUCAACAACAUGGUGGGCCUUCUCAGUACGUAGCAACU